GCAACUGUCCGAAACUCUGGGUGGGAGGGGUGCAUCUGGGAACGUUGCGGCGGUAGCCGCCGCGGCCCCAGCACCCAGGGCGAUUCUGGGGCCGAGCCUACGCCACGGUGUCUUCCGCCGCCUCCCACGUCUGCGGUCAGCUGGCGCUCUGAUGAUGGGUCCAGAGGAUGCCGGAGCCUGUUCGGAAAGAAACCUCAAGUUGUUCUGUAUGCCAGCGCUGAAGUCUAUGGGCCAGGACGGGAAGAAGAUCCGGGCCACGGGAGGCUUUGCCGGAGGCGUCGGCGCUGUGGAACCGCGGGAGGAAGAGGGGGAAGAGGAGGAAGAGGAGGAGACGCCGCCUCGGCAGCUCCUUCAGCAUUACCUCGCGGCGGCCGGGGGCAAACUGGAGCCCGGGCUUUGCUACUGUUCGUCCCCCGUCGGCCAGGCCCGCGCUUCGCUGUACUUGGCAGCCUCACGCUCGGACGUCUGCCUGCCGGGCUCGGGCUCCAAGCAUCGCGGCGCAGAGACGGCAGCGGAUGUCCACGCGCCACGACACUUUUGCAUGACCAACGGGGACUCGGGCUUCCUGCCUGGCCGGGACUGUUGCGACCUGGAGGAGGCCCGCGUACUGCCCCGCGCCGGCGCCCGGGAGCCGCGCCGCCGCCGCUCCUGCGGGCGUUUCCGCCUGGAAGGGCCUGGGGAAGAGGGCGCGGAUGGCGCGGGCAGUCGGUCCGACUGGGCCGCGCCGCUCGAGGAUCCACUGCGGAGCUGCUGCCUGGCGACCGCGGACACCGAAGAGCCGGAAGGCGCGGGCAGCGGCUCGGGAGGCAGUCUCGUAAGCGGCGGCAGCAGCGAGGACUCGGAGCAGCCGGGACCUGUGGAGGGCGCGACCCCAGGCGCUUCGGCCGGGAGGACUAGCGGGGGCACGGAGCCGCUCUUCGGCUUCUGCGACGUUCACUUGAACUCUCGGAACACAUUUGAGGUGAGCCGCUGCCAGGGCGUCCGCGACCACCUGCCCUCGACGGCGCCGCCGCUACCCCCGCCCGCCGCGGAGCAGGGCCCCGCGGGGGCCGCAACCUGGGCUCGACGGAGCGGUGGCUUCGCUGACUUCUUCGCCAGAAACCUUUUUUCAAAAAGGACAAAGGAAUUUAAAUCAGUUGUCCAUAGUGCUCCUGGUUGGAAAUUAUUUGGUAAAGUCCCUCCCAGAGAGAAUCUUCAGAAAACUUCCAAAAUCAUUCAGCAGGAAUAUGAAGCACGAACAGGAAGGACCUGUAAACCACCACCUCAGUCUUCAAGGCGUAAGAAUUUUGAAUUUGAGCCACUUUCUACCACUGCCUUAAUUCUUGAGGAUCGACCAUCAAAUCUUCCUGCCAAAUCUGUAGAAGAAACUUUACGGCACCGACAAGAAUAUGAUGAGAUGGUGGCUGAGGCUAAAAAACGAGAAAUUAAAGAAGCAUUUAAAAGAAAAAAAAUAAUGAAAGAACGAUUUAAGCAGGAGGAAAAUAUUGCAAGUGCAAUGGUAAUUUGGAUCAAUGAAAUACUGCCCAAUUGGGAAGUAAUGCGUAGUACGAGAAGAGUUCGAGAAUUGUGGUGGCAGGGAUUGCCCCCUAGUGUUCGUGGGAAAGUUUGGAGUCUAGCUGUAGGAAAUGAACUAAAUAUCACUCCUGAACUUUAUGAAAUCUUCCUCUCAAGAGCAAAGGAACGGUGGAAAAGUUUCAGUGAAGCAAGUUCAGAGAAUGAUACAGAAGGUGUAUCUGUUGCUGAUCGGGAGGCCAGUCUGGAAUUAAUUAAGCUGGACAUAUCCCGUACAUUUCCAUCUCUCUAUAUCUUUCAGAAGGGUGGCCCAUAUCAUGAUGUCUUACAUAGUAUCUUAGGGGCAUAUACUUGUUACAGACCUGAUGUUGGUUAUGUCCAAGGGAUGUCCUUCAUUGCAGCAGUACUCAUUCUCAAUUUGGAAGAGGCUGAUGCUUUCAUUGCAUUUGCAAAUCUCCUGAAUAAACCAUGCCAGUUGGCCUUUUUCCGAGUGGAUCACAGCAUGAUGCUGAAAUAUUUUGCCACAUUUGAGGUAUUCUUCGAAGAAAAUCUCUCUAAAUUGUUUCUUCAUUUCAAGUCUUACAGUCUUACACCAGAUAUAUACUUGAUAGACUGGAUCUUCACCCUCUAUAGCAAAUCAUUACCACUUGAUCUGGCCUGUCGAGUCUGGGAUGUAUUUUGCAGAGAUGGGGAGGAAUUUUUAUUUAGGACUGGAUUAGGAAUCCUCCGAUUGUAUGAAGAUAUUCUCCUACAGAUGGACUUUAUUCAUAUAGCACAGUUUCUAACUAAAUUGCCAGAAGACAUCACAGCAGAAAAGCUGUUUGGCUGUAUUGCAGCCAUUCAGAUGCAGAAUAGCACCAAAAAAUGGACUCAGGUUUUUGCAUCUGUAAUGAAGGAUAUUAAAGAUGGAGACAAGAACAAUAGUCCUGCUCUGAAAAGCUAAUCUUCAAAAUUAACCAACUAACUGAAAUUCAAAAAAUAGGUUUUUUAAAAAAGUUUUUGUUUCCUAUGUAAAAAAGCAUGGAGGAAAAUGUUGGAGAAAUCCAAAAGAAUCAAGAGAUGGAAAACUGCUGUUUUUGAAUUCCAUGGCUGAAGUAAAUGAAUUGAGUAACCUAUUUGGCAGUAUUAUUAAAUAAGUAUUUUGUAGGGAGAGCCAUUUUACAAAGGAAGAAGUUUAAAUGGCUAGUUCAUACUCUAUAAAUUGGGGUGAACUGUCUAAUGCAAUAAAAUUUUUAAAUAGUUUUGGGAAUACUUAAUUUUUAUCACAUCUUUUCUUUUUUAACUGUUACCACAGUGGCACUUUUGGAGGUCAGAGCGGUUUGUUAAAUACUACUUUAACCUUCAAAACACUAUUUGAAAUGAACAACUGAGUAUAGAUAUUAUCUCUAAUUCUGACUGCUUGAAGAUAUUGUAGACCAGAAAUAAGCAAUUUUGUUCGUAAGUCACUGAGGUUGUCAUUUAGCCCCAUUCACCAGUUGGGGCAAAUUUGGGUUAUCUGGGAUCUGAAAACAUUUGUGGGAGAUUAUUUAACAUUUGUUUGGAUGUUUUUCCAUAGUUUCGUAUCUAUUCAUAUUUGAAGGGAUAUUGUUUCUCUUCCUUAAGGAAUUCCUGUCACUCAGAGAAUUUUAGCUGUUCUGUUUCUAGUCUAAGAAAUUGUUCAUCUAGUAAUUUAACACUAGAAAAACUAAAUAAGGGUAGAAAGAAAAUUCUUUGCACUUUAGUGGACUUCAGGGGGCAUUGGCAGUAAGUCCAUAAAUAUAAAUGAAGUUUUUCACUGGUUAAAGUACAGAGUAAUGAAUUUUGAGAAUUCUUAUGUAGCAUGCUCUUUGGCAAGACUUGGGUUAUUUUUUGUUAAAAAUCCUCUACUGUUUGUAGAAACAAAAUUUGUUAAUUCCAGCUUGAAAUUUGAAAUCUUAAUAUAUAGUUAAGUCCAUGACUUAUAAAACACUGUGCAUAAUUUUCUAAUCAAUGGAAAUAAGAGUAAAAGAAAAAGAUAAAAUUAACUUUUUUUCUAAUGUCUAACUUUGAUGGUAUUGUGGAUAAAGAAAUUAUUAAUAUUGGUAAAUUGGCAUUAACUUUAUUAUUUUAAUAUUAUUAAUUCUGAACCUAAAAUAUAUCCCUUGAGUAUUAUGAGCACUGUCUGUAUCACAUGCUAUCUGGUUAAUAAUUAGAUUUAUUGUGUGCUUUUUUGUUGCAAUUUGUUUUGAAACAAUAGUUAAGCACACUAUUUCUGUAAGUGGUAUAUAGUCUUCAAACUAACAAGCCUGAGAUCUUAGUGUAUGACUGCCUUUUUAGGGAUAUGGGACCAGAGGGUAUCCCUAUAUUUUUACCUAUGGGUCAUUGUAGCCUAGGGACUACUAAUGAGACCACCCUCAGAAGUUAACUCUUGUCACGGGCUUGCUUAGUGGAAAUCAGUAGUGUAAUAAAAUAUUGAGGAAGUCUUAAUAGGGUCUUAAUAUAUGUCUUAGGAUGAUCAUUUAACUCCAGUAACCACUACUUUAUAUUGCUGGCCCUGACAAAGUUGGAAUGUGACCCCUGGCAGUAAUCUCAUUGAGGUUAUACUACAUGCAUAAACUUAAUCUUACUUUUGUGUCUUUGUUUUCUGAGUUGGAUCUAAGUUACUCUCUUUCUUUUUCUUAUUUUUAUUUUUGUACAGUUCUUUACAUUUCAAAUAUAAAUAUGUAUAUAUAAUGUAAAUAUAGGGAAUUCAUUAAAAACCACUAGUAACAAUUACUGUGUAAAUAAAACUGUAAGCAGAGUAAUUACUUGAAAUGAGUCUUUAUUAAUUUUGAGAUACCUAGUUUUAUUAACGACACCUGGAAAAAAAAAAGGAAGAAACUUUUUUUGCUGAAUUUUCUGCCAAGAAAUGCUGUAGGCCUUCGGCCUCUUGAGGUUGGCAAUACUGGCAGCCAAAAUAUUGUACUGUAUCUUCCUUUCAACCUCUUAUGUAGGCAAUAUGUGGUUAUUUAUGUGGUCAGUGUUUAACAGUUUGUUUUUGUUUUUUUUGUUUUGUUUUGCUUUUGGCUAAAGUAUAUUUUCAAUUAAAAAAUGACUUCUCCUAAAAUCUUCAAGAGAAUGAAAUUUAAUAUGAUGUUUCAUUUGUUUGUCUACUUUAAUCAAUUUUGGAUUUCUAUAUAUACAAUGAUUUGUCACUUUAUUGUUCCUUUAGCUCAGGUCUACAUUGCACUAUUUUAAUGCUACUAGAAUCCAAUAACUAGCUUGGUUUUCUAAAGUCAGCUUUUGCUGAUUACUUUUUUAUUUCAUAUAAUAUUAUUGGUUUAAGUAUAUUUGCUUGACUUUGCAAAAGUAAGGUAGUAUUUGCAAAAGGGCAUUGAGAUUGCCAAACCCUCUGACUUCUGGAUAAUAGCUUUCAUUGUAGCUUAGGAACAAAUGAUAUCUUUACAUACAAUAGUCAAUGCUAGAGACUACACCAUUGGAGGGUGUAAUUCUAAAGCAUAUAAAUCAUGAAAUAAUUUAUCUUCAUAAUGCCAUAUGGUUUAUUUUGAUUUCUCAUCUCCUAUUUUUGUUUGAAUAAAAUAAAUUAUUUUAUAUUCUGAGAGUAUAUUCGGACAGCAGGGAUUAGGUAUAGAAGAGGCAAAAAUGUGUGAAACAGCAUUGGAAAAAUCAGAUUUUAAUUUGCCUUGAUUAAUUGACUGUGUCAGAAAAUGGCCUUACCUCUGGAAGAAAAGUGAUUUUGUAUUGAAUUCAUAUUAUUUUGCUCUUGUCAAGGCAACAUCCAGAAUAACGAAUUCCCAAAUGUAGUUUAACGUCUAAUUAAAUUAGAACUUCACCGAUUUGCAACAUGUGAAAACUAAAAUGCAACAGAAGUCGUAAAUAAAAUUUCAGGGAAGCUAAGUAUUUCAGAGAAUGUCUUGUUCUUUAACCGUAGUAUUUGCUUACUAGCAGUGUAAUUGCAAUAGAGGUAGUCUUUAUGGUACUUUGAAUAAAAUGCAUGAACAUUUGAUAAGCCUGAUUAUGUGCCAAGCAUUGCCUCCUAAUAUAGGCUAUAUAAAGUUGCAAGACUUGGGAAAUUGGCAAAAUUUCAUUUCUUUCCUUUCUACUGUUCAUGUUGAUCUUCCAAUUACUGAAGUUUUACCAUGUUGACUUCAUUCAGUGGGCUGGAUAUAUUUUCCAGUAGACAUCAGGAAGGAUAUUCAACUUUUAAAAAAAAAAAAUGCAUUGCAAAAGUCUUUUAUUUGUUGAACAUUUAAGUAAAUAGAAAUUUCAUGAUUUUAUUUAAGGUAAAAUGACUUUUGUAUUAUUGCUGUAUAUUCGGAAAAUCAUUUUUGUAAUAAAAAUGUAAAUUAUAAGCUAAUACAGACUUGAAGGAGUAUAUAAAAUCAACAACAGUAGGAUAUAUACUUUUGUUAACAUUUUUAAAAUUCAGGCAUUAUAUUAUGCACAAUGGUAUAAAAGCAGAAAUUGAAGCUUCAAAUUUUCUUGGUCUCAGCAAAAUUGAUAAUUUGGUAAGCAGAUUUGUUUUGAUUACUACAUAAAUCACAAGGCUUUUAAUUUUAGUUCUUUAUCCUUAAACUUUGAAAGGGAAAUAUUUACUUGAUUGAAACCUUUGUAUAUUGUAAAAGGCUUUGAACGUCAAGGUUUGGACUUUAGUUUAAAGUAAGAAGAUAAAUUGGAAAGGGUUUGAAUGAUAGUGCUUAUUCUAUUUUUAAAUUAUACCAACUGAUUUAAAAAAUUGUGUUGCAAUAAGGUAAUUUAUUGCUUUUUAAUUGUAGUAUUUCUUCUGAGCUGAUUUUUAAACUCUUUUGUGAGCCCUUGAAAAUUAAACAAUUUUCAUCAAAUUUUUAAUUAUUCUACAUGUUUUAUGAUCUUUUAAAAGUGUAAAUUUUCCUAUCAUUUCCUUGUUCAAGAUCCUGUAAAGACAUUCCUCAUAAUAAAAACCCAAACUC